GAGAUAUCCCGUGCUCACGCCGUCGCCGACCUACCACCCUUCACGGUCACGGCCGGCGCCGCAAGCCGCAGCCUGGCGGAGGGGACUGGAGAAAGUAGGAAUGGGGAAGCGCCGGCGCGCAGCGGCGCCGGUAGGGGAGGAGCUGAUCUCGCCGGUGAACAGCCUGGACGACGGCUGCCUCAUGCACAUCUUCAGUUUCCUUAGCCCAAUUCCAGAUAGGUAUAACACCGCCCUCGUUUGCCACAGAUGGCGCUUCCUUGCAUGCCAUCCUCGGCUAUGGUUGCGUGUUGAGAGGCCAAUCAGAGAUGUGAUGGAGCCUGGAGUUUAUCCAAAUCUUGAGGCUGCCGUUUCUGCUGCUAGGCCUGGUGACACCAUUCUUGUUGCGGCUGGUGGUACCCAUGUUGCAUGUAACAUCCAAAUAAAGAAGACUAUUUGCAUUAUUGGUGGGGGUGAACUUCCCGAUGAUACUGUAUUAACCUGUUCACGUGGCUCUGACAACGCAUUGGAGUUUCUAUCGACAUGCAAGAUUGCAAAUUUGACUAUUAGAGCAGAACUUGGAUGCUGCUUGCUGCAUCGAAGCGGUAGAUUGACCAUUCAAGAGUGUUUGCUGCAGUGUGAGCAAAACCCUCUGGACUAUCUGUCCUUUCCAAUAAUCAGCACAGCAAUAGAGUAUAAUUCAUUUCCUUCCCUCAAGGGGCAAGGACAUGGUGUAACCGUUGUCCGCACCCGGAUUGAAGGGGGUGCGAAGGCUGUCAGGACAAACGGAACACUUGCACUGCAGCAUGUGCGAGCCAUCUAUUCCCGCAGCUCUGUUUUCUUCUGGUUUGAAGUAGGAGAAAAGGUAGAAAAUGCUGUACACUAGUAUUAUGAUGUUGUAUUCUUGUAUCUAUGUCACCCUAGUGUCUGGUAAAGUCACCCUUGUAUUCCUGUUUGUUGUAACUUUUAUGAUAACCGCUGCUUUUGAUUGCAAAGGAACAUCUUGCUGUUUGGAAGUCAAUCUUGAAGAGUUUAGUGGAGUGUACAAA